CACAAAUUGGGAAGCACAUACUGUCUAGAAUGUCUUUGUAUGCUGUAGUAUUAAGAUUUUAAGAUCUUUUGGAUUUGUUAUGCUAUAUAUUGAUAGUAGUGUGAUGAGCAGUGUUAAAUCUAGGUGCUUGAGGAAGUUAUUAUUUAAAUGGUGUUCUGCAACUGUGAAAUGUAAUCAAGAUGUUAUAAUUGUCUGUAUGUCUCAUGUCACACUUAAAGAUGAACUGGAAUCCCAAACUGGAAUGCCUUUUCACCUGACAUUAAAUUCUUCCUUUAGUAAUGCUUUUCUGAAUGGGCACAACUCCUAAUUGCCACAUCACAAAAUUUAGUGGAAAGUUAGGACAGAUUGGGGUGUGAUUGUUAGGUGUGACCAAGCCUUUCAUCAUUCAUCAAUAAAAGACUGGAAAUAUACAAGGAAACAUAAUAUACAGGAUACAUUUUAAUAUGUAUUUACAAUAUUUUCAUUGUUCCUAUGUAGCAGACUGUACUGUAGUGUAACCAUGGCUAUGUAUUUUGUAAACAUUGAAAAGAAAAUAUAUUUGAUGUGAGCAGAACUGUCAUGGUUAUAUAUCAGCAUAAAUGAAUACACCCCAACAGAUUUGUCAGAAAACCUUUAGUUUUCUUUCAGAAUAAACAUUUUCUAUGGAAUACUAUACUACAAAUGUGGACCAUUGAUUGCAAACAAGAUGUGCAAAUGAACACACAAAGUAAUUUUCCUUACAAAUUCAUUCAAGACCAUGUUGCAAAAAUGAGUACACUCCAAUUAAAGUUUAAGGAGCAAAGCUAAAUUUUAGACAGCAAAAUUCUAAUUAAUGAGAAUUCAACCACAGGUGAGUCUAAUUAUUCAUUAUUCAUUCACAGGUGUCCAGCAGACAGUUGACUAUAAUAGGCCGUUACUUAACAUACUGAUUUCAUGCUGUCAGCAAUGGCACCACAUGGAAGAGAAAUGUCAAAAGACCUGAGAAAAUCAUUUCUUUACACAAGAAAGGAUUACAAAGCAUUUGGUCCUGAUGAGUUCCAUAUGAAACAUUUUUACCUUGAUGUAUGCGUGUGGGAUCCAUCCUGGACGAAGUCACAGGACUACAGAACGAAGCAAUUUUGCUGCUCAGACUGUCCCUUUGCUUCCAAAUACUUCUCAGCCUACAAAAAUCACUUUCGUAAUGUUCACAGAGAUGAUUUUGAGAACCGCAUCCUGCUCAACUGCUCCUAUUGCAUGUACAGUGGGAACAAACGAACUCUGGAGACUCAUGUUAGGCUUUUCCACAUGCCUUAUAACAUUGUACGACAGGGCAUUGUCAGUCCACUUGGAACCAUGGUAGGUGGUAAGGAUAGUAUACGGAUGGACAAGUCUGUGCUGACUGACAGAAAGGAGCUGGCAGUAUAUUACUGCAAGAAAUGCAAUUAUCGGGACAGAUUAUACAAUGUAGUGCGCAGGCACAUUUAUAGGGAACACUUCCAGCAUGUGACUACACCUUAUGUAGUCAAAAACUCAGAGAAGCAAGAAAACAGUGAGGAAGCCACAAUUAGUAAUUAUGGGAUUCACUGUAAGAGCUGCCUCUUUGUCCCUCGUUCCUAUGAGGCACUGGUUCAACAUGUUAUUGAGUUCCAUGAACAUAUUGGCCAUCAAGUAACUGCCAUGAUUGGCCACACCAAUGUUGUAAUGGCUCGUUCUCAGGCCAGCAUAAUUCAGAAGGGUGCUUCAGUCACACCUAGAAUACCUACGCAUAUGGUGCAGCCUGUAAAUUGCUUUAACAUGCCCAAAGUAAUGAGGGUGCCUGUUGGCAACCAUUUCAAGCAGGGUGUCACAGGAAGCCCUGGCCAACCACUGUGCAUUACACUACCUGACAAAGCUCUGUUGUCCAGCACAGCUUCCCAGUCAUAUACAGGAAAGCACCUAGGUAGCUUAGUGAUAACAUCGUCACAUGGUAAUGUGUCUAUCCCCCCCCCAAUGAAGUCCCUACCCCUCUCUUCACUGCACCCUGGUACUGCCACUUUGACCUCAUUACAGGCCAAGAAGGGUUCAGCUAAUGCACUGAACACCUCACAAAAACAGAAGUGGAAGAUUUGCACAAUUUGCAAUGAACUCUUCCCUGAGAGUGCGUACAAUGUUCAUGUUGAAAAGGAGCAUCAGCUUGAUAGGGUGCAGGCUAUGGCUAAGUACAUAAUGAAGAUCCACACUUUCACAAGCAAGUGUCUGUAUUGUAAUCGCUACCUGCCAAGUGACACUCUGCUAAAUCACAUGCUAAUACAUGGACUGACAUGCCCACAGUGUCAGUCCACAUUUUAUGAGGUUGACAAGAUGGUAAUGCACAAGAGGCAGAUGCAUCCAAACGAACCAGCGGAUCUUUCUAUUGACUCUCCAUUGACAUUUGAUCUGACACUUCAACAAGGCAGUCCAAAGAAUGUGCAGCUUAUAGUGACUACCUAUAAUGUGAAGGAAGUACCCAAGUCAUUAUCCACAACUGUGCAUUCACCAAACAGUAUUGGAUCCAGGACUACAAUAAUUGUAGCAAAGGGGCCAAAAAAAUCCACUGAGUCAGUUAUAAGGAAUCGAUCCCAAAAUUUAGUACCCCAGAACACAGGAGUGGGAAAGACACUAUGUCCACUCUGCUUUACAAUUUUAAAGGGCCCCAUUUCUGAUGCACUUUCACAGCAUCUUCAAGACCGGCACCAGGUGCUUCAAACUCUCCAUCCAGUUGAGAAAAAGCACACUUACAAGUGUAUCCAUUGCUUGGGUGUCUACACAAGUAACAUGACAGCUUCCACAAUUACGCUGCAUCUUAUACACUGCCGAGGGGUUGGACAAGCUCCAAAGCUUCAUGACAAGAACUGCAUUUCAGCUCUUAAACGAGAAAUGGUUGACUCGGACCCAUUUGACUCUAAGAAGACAAAAAUGGUUGCUCAGAGUAGAUACUAUCCCACAAUAUUUGUGGAAAAGCCUGCAGAACCCGUUCUCAUCUUGGACCCCAGAGCCCACGCAAAUGAGUCUUAUGAUGCACGUAAGGGUUUCCUGACCACCUAUUUCAACCAACAGCCAUACCCAUCCCAACGAGAGGUUGAAAAACUUGCCGCAAGUCUAUGGCUCUGGAAGUCUGAUGUCUUAAAUCACUUUGCCAACCAAAGGCGGUCAUGUGAUCGGGACUUUGUGAAUCGUAAACCAUUAGUCUUACUAGGCUUUAACAUGCAAGCAGUGAACCAACUCAAGCAUGAAAUGAACUUUGGUUGUGAGUGGUUGUUCACAGUUGAUGAGAAGAAAAGUGGAAUUUCAAGAACUGCAAAAAAGAGACUGAUGGGUUUUUUUGAUUUUUCUACUGGCAAAAGCACACAUGGGAAAGAGGCUGUAAACUCGGGACAAUGUACUCAAAGCAGUUGUGCCUUCAAGCCAAGCCCUGGGUCUUCAGAACCCAUUGACUUUCAUAGAGAAUCAGAGCAAGAGGAGGUGUCUAUGGAAAAUAGGAUCCUGAAAACUACACCUGCAUUUCCUUCAGUGGUUCAAAAUUGGACAAAAGAGACAGUCCUGCAGGAGAAGUUUCUAUAUAAGAGAGGUGGGAGGGUGGCAGGUACAGAUUUUACAAAGGGAGGGUCAAAAAAACUUGAUGAAUGUGUAUCUGGUUCCAGAACUGAAGAAGCAACAUGGCCAGGAGGUAUCUCCCCAAAUGAAAACCUUUAUAGACCAGCUGGACGAUUUGAAGAGAAGGGGAAAGAAAUGGGUUUACUGGGUACUUGAUCCAAGUUUUGGUCCAAGUCUCCCAACUUCCAAGGCAAACAUCCUUCAGUCUUGUAUAAGCCCCUGAACCAUACAUUGUGACUAAUAAAACAACAAAAGUGUUUUCUUUCUUUCUUUCUUUCUUUCUUUCUUU